AUUAUGUGACAGCUUGCGUCAUUUUGAUAAGUAAUAAAAGUCUACAAUUUUAAAAUCACCUAUUGAUUCCAAGCUUCUUUAAACUAAUUUAUAGGUAGAUGUCUGUUUUUAGUGAAGUUGAAUUAGGUGAACCAGUAGAAAUGUUUUAUCUUAAAAAAGCCUAUUUAGAAGAUAAAUUUGAAAAUAAAGUGUUUUUGAGCGUUGGUGCUUAUCGGACAGACGAAGGAAAACCGUGGGUUCUUCCUGUAGUGAAAUCUCUUGAAAAAAUACUAUCUCAUGAUGAAUCGUUGAAUAAAGAAUAUUUGCCAACUUUAGGAUUGGAAACUUUUAGUACUUCUGCAACCACCAUGUUGCUAGGGUUAGAUUCCCCAGCCAUUAUUCAGAAAAGGUAUUGUGGAAUUCAAAGUAUAUCUGGAACGGGAUCAUUAAGAAUUGGUGCUGAAUUCCUUGUAAAAAUGGGAAAGAAAAUAUUUUACGUAUCUAACCCAACUUGGGAGAAUCACAAAAGGUUAUUCUUGCAAGCGGGAUUUGAAGAAUGUCGAGAGUACCGUUAUUGGAAUCCUACUACGCGUCGCAUAGACUUUGAAGGUCUAAUAGACGAUUUAGACAAAGCACCUCAAGAUGCAGUUGUUAUUUUACAUGUGUGCGCUCAUAAUCCUACUGGUGUUGAUCCUACUCCUGAACAAUGGAGUAAAAUUGCAAACAUAAUACAUAAACGAAGGUUAUUUCCAUUUUUUGAUUGCGCCUUCCAGGGCUUCGUAACUGGUAAUGUGAUAAGUGAUGCGUAUUCAAUAAGGCUGUUCGUAUCAUUAGGCUUUGAACUCUUCUGCGCGCAAAGUUUUUCAAAAAAUUUCGGGCUGUAUAAUGAACGUAUAGGGAAUUUGACUAUUGUUGUCAACAAUCCAGACUUAAUACCUGCUAUUAAAUCUCAAAUAACAUAUAUAGUGAAUGGAAUGUACUUAAAUCCUCCGGGACUGUGUGCGAGAAUUGUUACUUAUGUUCUCAAUAAUUCUACCAUGUACAACCAAUGGCAAGAUAACGUUAGAACAAUGUCUUCUCGACUUCUACUCAUGAGGAAGCAAUUAAAAGAGAUUUUAGACCAUUUGGAGACACCUGGGAAUUGGGAUCAUCUUGUUGAACAUUCUGGAUUUUUUUCUUAUACUGGAUUAACUCCUGUUCAAGUUGAAUAUAUGGUAAAUAAAUAUCAUAUUUAUAUGUUAGCAUCAGGAAGAAUGAGUAUAGCUGGAUUAAACUCAAGUAAUGUGUAUUAUGUGGCAAAAGCUAUUUACGAUACUGUUUCAUUGUUUCCUUAGAUUUUGUGACUUAAACUAUUUUAAAUUGUUUCUUCCAAUUGUGAAAAAGUACAUCAUUUUAUUAAUAUGGAGACCGAGUGGUAAAAAACCACUAAGGUCAAUACCUACCCGUAAUUAGUGUGAACUCCGACAACUUAUCCAUGGUUGUUCUAUAUCAUUUAUGUGAUUUCGUCAAAAUACCCUUUAAUUUUAUCCGAUAGCGAUUACACAGAAAACAUUAAAUAUAAUUGUUAAUGAAUGAUUUAUUGUUGUAUAUAAAUAAACAGUUUAAAAGGUC